CUGGGAACUGCAUGUAGAAAUUGGCUCUGUCGGGUUUAUCGGUUUAGGUGAAUCCGAGGGGUGCCUUGGGUUUGGAUAGAUCUUGAAAGGGUUUGCAACUGUGAAAGUAAAAUGAGAUAUACUGUUCUCUCCUAAUUUUGGUAUUGGCUUUAAGAGUGUCUUCAUGAUCACAUCCCAACCUUACAUUAUCAGCAAGGGAUAUCAAAUUCGGUUCUGUGAGGAACCAUGUGCAAAGUGCAAAAUCGGUUACAUAGUCCCUGAAUGGUUGGAUGAUGCAAACCCAGUUCUUGCACACAUAAAACACAUCUAUGGUUCUUCAACUGCACUCCCCAGCACCACCUUGGUGUUGCCUCUUAAAUCUGACAAGGUGAAUGCUGUGAGGGAACAACUUUCAAAGAUUCACCCAGAGCUUCUCCUUUUUCUGUCCAAGAUUAGAAAGCUUUCGGUCAGGGAAGACAAUGCUGAAAGGAAGCUCAAUACUCUCAGCACCAUUUCCAUUUCUAGUGAAAAGAAUCUCGUGACACAGAAAAACAUCAAUGCCCAGUCAUAUGCACUUAUUCUAUCUGCUGAUGAAGAUAGAUCAUAUGGGCAGUGUAGUUAUCACAUCUGGAGACAAAGGUUCCCAGUCAAGAAGGAAUGUCGGGUUGAUCGGAGAAUGGACGUUGAAGAUUGGGUAAUCACACUUGCGUUUCCUCAUGGGGAGCGUCUCAACAGGGGAAAUAUCUCUCCCGGGAUCUAUGCUUUUCUACCUACUGAGAUGGUCACCAACUUCCCAUUUAUCAUCCAAGCAGAUUUCCUACUAACAUCAUCCCGGGAAGCCAUUGUUGCAGACGACAGAUGGAACAAAGGAAUCCUUGACUGUGUUCCAUUGGCCUUCUUGAGUGCUUUCUCCUCGUUAGUGAAGGCCAGUGAUGAUGCUCCGGUCUCCAGCCUGAUUGAGAUGUUCCGAUUUUUGCCUAUUGCCACUUCUUCCUAUGCAAGCCUGAAUGCUACUGUGAGAGACCCUAUCAAAGCAAAGCUGUUGGAGGAAGAUAUAGUUCCAUGUGAAUCGUAUACAAAUCAGAAGGUCUUUCGAAAGCCUUGCCUAGUGGGGAGGCUAUGGCCUUCCUUUUGGAACUUGUUGAAUGAGGCUAGGAAGCAAGGUGUCGCUCUCCAUAACAUCUCUUCACAUGGACAGUACAUUCUCAACUAUGCAUUUGAUAAGGAGAAGUACAAUGAAAUCUUGAACUUCUUGGAGGUGAAGAAUGUGGAACAUGGAUGGUAUUCCAAGUGCAUAAAAGCUUCAAAUCUCAUUCUAGGAGUGUCUGAAGAUCUUUAUUUACAACUUCUGUUAUUUGUUUCUGAUCACUGGGCGCAAUCCUUUUCGAAGACUGAGAUGGUCAAAUUACCAUUGCUGAAGUACGUUGACAGUAAUGAUCAUGUGGCCUUGUGCAGCGUAGAUAGUGCAUCUAAAGGCAGUCCCACAUUACUUCUGUCCAAUAUUUCUAAUCAAGUAACUUGGCUUAUCAAUUGGAACAAAGAGUUUCAAUGCAUGAAGGGCUAUUUCCUUGCCAAAGAAACACAAGAGGCGUAUCACGGCAGUUCUUACAAAUGGCAGAAAGUGUAUGAUUGGCUGAUUAGUGUGGUGAACGUGAAAUCUUUGAGCGUGAAUGACUAUGCACUUCUCAUAUCCCAAUCACUUAGCCAUGAUAACGAGCUUGUCCUUGCGUAUGCUCACUUCUUAUAUCACUCAUAUAUGAAGGAAUACAUUUCUGCAAGCCAGAAUACUUCACUUUGCCGCAGCAUGCCGCUUGUCGAUGACAACAAGAGAGUGGCAACCCAAAGAGGAGGAGUUAUUGUUCCUGCGAAUGGAGCCAAAUGGGUUCAGCUGACUGGUUCUAACCUCUGGAAGGGUGAGGGUUAUAUUGAGCUUGGAGAAGAUUACUUGCACUCUCGAAGAUAUGCUGGUGGUGUGUUGACACAAAAAAAAGAUAUUCUUGAAUUUCUAAAGAGUUAUGCAGGCGCCAUGGAUAUCCCUCAUUUGCCUCUUCCGAAUGCAGUACUAUAUAGUAUGUCUUCUCCACUAACAAAGGAAAAUGCUUUCCUGUUGUUAGAUUGGAUUAGUUAUAACCGAAGGAAUCGGAUUCCAAUUCCUGGGAGCUUCUUAAGUUGUGUAAAGAAUGGAAGUUGGCUUAGAGUCCGUUUGUGUGGUAGUACUGGAAACAGGCCCCCAUCACAAUCCUUCUUCCACUCCUCAUCAUGGGGGCAUCAUUUGCAGAAUGGUUCGCUGCACAUUGAUAUCCCAUUUGUUGAUCUUGACUUUUAUGGUGAAAAGAUUUCCAACUAUAAGGAAGAACUGAAGACCAUAGGUGUAAUGUUUGAGCUGAAAGAAGCGUGUGAAUUCAUUGGGAAACAUUUUAUGUCUCUGGCUGAUUCUUGUGCUUUCACAAAACAUGAUGUCAUUUCCAUACUCAAAUUCAUUAGGUACUUGAGGGAUAAGUAUCUUCCUCCUGAUGACUUUAUGAAUAGCAUCAAAGACAAGAGCUGGUUACAGACCACACAAGGCAUGAAGAAGCCAGGGCAAUGUGUGUUUCUUGAUGACAAUUGGUCGUCCGUUUCACAAAUCAGUAACAUUCCUUUUGUUGAUCAAAAUCAUUAUGGUCAGGAUAUUCUCGUCUUUAAGGAGGAACUCAAACUGCUUGGUGUCGUUUUUGGUUUCAAUAAAAAUUUUGAGCUAGUUGUUUCCAACCUGAAACCAGUGAACAAUUUGAAUUCAUUGAGUGCCGAAGCAGUUCUCUUGGCACUUGAAUGUAUUCGUCACCUCAAGUUGAAUUCUACUGAUAGACUGUGCAUGGCACUCAAGGGAAACAAAUGCCUAAAGACCGUAACAAAUGGGUACAAACCCGCUGUUGAAUGUUUUUUACCGGAUCCAACAUGGGGUUGCCUUCUCCAUGUUUUUGACAACUUCCCCAUAAUCGAUGUAAAGUUUUAUGGAAGCAAAAUCUUUUCAUUCAAGGAUGAGCUGAUGAAUUUGGGUGUGGUGGUAAAUUUUGAGGAUGUGACCAAAUCGUUUGCUCAAGUUUUUAAGCAGCGGGCUUCUAAAUGUGCUUUGGACAAGGCGAGUGCCCUUUCUUUCCUUGCAUCCUACAAUAAGUUAAAGGCAGCUGGCUUCAAUAUUCACUCAGGCGAAAUCUGGAAAUGCAUUCAAGAAUCCAAGUGGCUUAAAACACGACUUGGUGUUGCUAGCACCCCAAAAGAGUGCAUCUUGUUUGGUGAAGACUGGACAUCACUCGCUUCUGUUUGUCUCUUACCCUUUCUUGAUGAUGCUUACUAUGGCCCAAAAAUCCUUGAGUUUAAAGCAGAACUUGGUGCCAUGGGAGUUGCCACCACAUUCAGAAAAGGAGCCCAAUUUGUUCCUGCAUGCAUUCGUUUGCCUCACAACCCUGAUGGUAUUUCACCAUCUACUGCACUUUCCCUGUUGGAAUGCAUAAAGAUCUUACAAGAGAAUGGCGACAAGAAGGAAAACGACAUGAUCUCUGCUCUCCGAGAAAAACUCAACAUUAAGUGGAUUAAGACGACAGCAGGUUAUCGUUGUCCACAAGAAUGUUUAUUAUUUGGGCCCAAAUGGGCUGAUGCCCUGAAGCAAGAUGAUGGACCCUUUAUUGAUGAAAGUUUUUACGGUCUAAAGAUUUCAUCAUGCUCCAAACAACUUCAAGCUUUGGGUGUGGUGGUUGAGGUGAAAGAUGGCUGCUCUUUGGUUGCAGAGUACCUUGAAUUCCAUUCUGAUUGGACCACUAUUACUCGGGUAUAUACAUACUUGCACAACAAUGGCUGGCCCGAUGAUGCUGAAACCAAUGUAAAUAGAAACAUGGUAUGGGUUCCUAGUGCUGAGAAUAAUGGAAAAUGGGUUAGCCCUACCACUUGUGUUCUCCAUGACAUUACUGCUCUUUUUGGAUUAGAACUUAUUGUUUUGGACAAGUUUUACAGCAAAGAAUUGCUUAGUUUCUUCUCCAAACUGGGUGUGAAAGCCUCUCCUGCACGGGAUGACUACUUUAAGAUAUGGCAAUCAUGGGAGUGUGCAAAGAAAAGACUGUCACCGUCAGAGUGUUGUGCAUUUUGGGAUUUUGUCCUCAAGCACUGGAGCCCAAGCAUGAAAAAGUUUCUUGCAGAAAAUUUAACAAAACUCCCAGCUUCCUCUGGUCUGGAUGGUGAGAUUUAUUUGCUUGACAAAGGCAGUAUUUUCAUUGCUGACGACCUCUGCUUGAAGGAUCUUUUUGAACAAAGCUAUAAAGACCCCCUGUUUGUUUGGUACCCACAACCAAGCCUUCCUUCACUGCCCCGAACAUCGCUUCUGAACAUCUACAGAGAAAUUGGAGUUGGGGCAUUAUCGGAAUCUGUCCAGAAGAGUAGGCUUUUCUCAGUCAACCGCUCUGGGCUGGAAAAUGUGAGCCCGGGAACUAUCUAUAUUGGGAGGGAUCUAUUCAGGCUUAUUCUUGCCUUUCUUGCUCGGCCUUCUCUUGAAAUGGUUGCCGAGAGAAGACACAAGUCUCUCAGGGAGCUAGUGAAUGCCAGCUUUCUAAAGAUGGAUGAACCCAUCACUUUUGAGUAUAGUCUCGUUUUGGCAGGGCAGGUUCUGACUGCGCGAGCAAAGAACAUCAUGCGUUGGGAUAGAGAGAGUUCAGAGUUGUACUUUGUAGAGCUUGAUGAAUCCGAGGGGUACAAGGGGAUGCUGGAAUAUGCAAUGCAUUUCUCGCAAGUGAUUGCGGAGGGAAUCUUGUGGGAGAAGGAUCAGGUUUCCCAGCUUGCCGAGCUGAUCAAGCUUGGCUACCUUGUGAAGUUCGACGGGGAUGCAAUCAGUUUCUUGAUGAAGACCAAUAACUUGCAGGUUUUCAUGGAGGAUGAGCAGUUUCUAUCUUCUGUCUUUCCUUCCCCUGAAAAGGCUAUCAAGCUGUGAUUUUGCGAUUAUCGCCGGGGGGAGAAAGAAACUCUUUCUCAACGUUGCUGGAGUGUGUGCGCCUCUGUGUUUCUCCUGUGUUUUCCUUUGAAUAUGUUUGGAAUCUUUCAUAUCAAGACAGAUACCAUAGCUGAUUAUGUACUGGUUUUUGUU